CCAUUUAUUCAGUAGUAUUAAAUAUUUACUUUAAAAAAAAUUAAAUAAUAUUUUACACGUAAUUUGCGUUAUAUUUUAAAACUUAUCAACUAUGGCUGACACCGCUGGAAAAGUUAUCAAAUGCCGUGCUGCAGUUGCAUGGAAAGAAAAAGAACCAUUAUCACUCGAAGAGAUCGAGGUCGCACCACCAAAAGCUCAUGAAGUUCGUAUUAAAGUAACAGCAGUUGCCUUGUGUCAUACUGACGCAUAUACAUUAUCUGGAGCAGAUCCAGAAGGAAUUUUUCCAAGCAUCCUUGGCCAUGAAGGAAGUGGUAUUGUUGAAAGUGUUGGCGAAGGUGUCACUGAAUUCAAAGCAGGUGAUCAUGUUGUACCACUGUACAUUCCUCAAUGCAGAGACUGCAAGUUCUGUAAAUCUCCAAAAACUAAUUUAUGCAGCAAAAUUCGUUUGACACAAGGUAAAGGAUUAAUGCCUGAUGGCACUUCAAGAUUUACUUGCAAAGGUAAAACUCUAGCUCAUUUUAUGGGUUGUUCAACAUUUUCCGAGUAUACUGUUGUUGCUGACAUUUCUUUGGUAAAGGUUGAUCCUGCUGCGCCAUUGGAAAAAGUGUGUUUGCUAGGCUGUGGAGUCCCUACUGGUUAUGGAGCUGCUUUAAAUACUGCAAAAGUUGAGUCAGGAAGUACCUGUGCCAUUUGGGGUCUUGGUGCCGUCGGGUUAGCUACUGCUUUUGGGUGUAAGACUGCUGGCGCUUCUCGUGUCAUUGGCAUUGACAUUGAUGAAUCCAAGUUUGAGAAAGGAAAAAUUUUUGGAUGUACUGAAUUUAUCAAUCCUAGCAAGCAUGAUCGCCCGAUACAAGAUGUCCUUAUUGAAUUAACAGAUGGAGGACUGGAUUAUACUUUCGAAUGCGUCGGAAAUGUUAAGACAAUGCGUCAAGCAUUAGAAGCGUGUCACAAAGGCUGGGGAACUUCAGUGAUUGUCGGUGUAGCUGCUUCUGGACAAGAAAUAAGUACUCGGCCAUUUCAAUUAGUGACCGGACGUGUUUGGAAAGGUACUGCUUUUGGAGGAUGGAAAUCUAAAGACAGUGUACCAAAGCUGGUCGAUGAAUACAUGAAGAAAAAACUCAUGCUUGAUGAAUUUAUUACUCAUGAAAUGCCAUUUGAGAAAAUUAAUGAAGGAUUUGAGUUGUUGCAUUCUGGAAAAUGUUUGAGAGCUGUGUUGAAAUACUAAUUAUUUAUGGACUCCAGAAAUUUAUGAAACACGCACAUUUUUAAUGAUUACAUGAAAAAUAAUAUUUUUGUAAGUGAGUCUAUUAUAUGAAAAUUUAAUAUCAAUAAAAAUUGAAUUUCAAUAUAA